UGCACAGCUUUGUAAACUCCUGCAGAAUGAAUUGACUCAUCCUUUGACAAAUAUUGUCUUAUGGUCCGACUCGACAACUGUCUUGUCUUGGCUGCAUUCCCUCUCCUGCCGUUACAAAGUUUUUGUAGCUAAUAGAGUCACUGAAAUAUUAGAGCUCACUGACCCCUCUUCUUGGAGAUAUAUUCCAUCUGCACAGAAUCCAGCAGAUGACAUUACGAGAGGCAAAACUCUUGUAGAGCUAGCCAAACCUGAUCAUAGAUGGCGACAAGGUCCAACGUUUCUGAAAUUUCCUCCAGAUGAAUGGCCCAAAAAUCUAGUAUCUACAUCUGAUAGUCCUGAUCCUGAGCUUCGUAAACCACUCUUUUGUGGGUUAACACAAUUGGAUGAUAUUGUACUCCCAGAUCCUGCCCGUUUUAAAUCAUGGUCAGAGUUACAGUUUGCAACAAAUGUGUUACUGCGACAACAUAGUGAGGACUCUUGUGACGCCUCUUCUGUCCAAAAUCUCCUUUUGAGACAAGCCCAGCAACAAAGUUUUCCCUCCGAGUAUCAGUGUUUAACGAAAGGAAAGCCCAUUGAACCUCAAAGUUGUCUCCUAACACUUUCUCCCGAAUUCAAUGAAGAAACGGGACUUAUUGUAGUGGGCGGUAAGCUCAGGCGUGUAGAGGAUAUGGAACCUGGAAUGGUUCAUCCAAUCGUCCUCGACCCCAAACAUCCAUUGACCCAGUUAAUUAUUAAGGACUGUGACGAGAAACUUUUCCAUCCUGGUCCAGAGAGAGUUUUCUCAGAACUUCGACGCAAUUACUGGAUAAUUAGAGGGAGACAAGCCGUAAAAAAACAUCAGUGGUCUUGUUUUCAAUGUAGGAAGUGGAGAGCCAAGCCAUCUAUUCCUCAAAUGUCAGAUCUUCCACUCUCCAAGCUCCGGUUGUUCAAACCUCCCUUUUGGUCCACCGGAAUGGACUGUUUUGGUCCCUUCCAUGUAAAUAUUGGCCGUAGAACAGAGAAGAGAUGGGGCAUUCUGUUUAAGUGUCAGACCACUCGAUGCCUGCACCUUGAUUUGUUGAGCAGUUUAGAUGUGGACAGCUUUCUAAUGGGCCUACGUCGUUUCAUAUCCAGGAGAGGUAGGCCGUAUGAGAUUCUUUGUGAUCAGGGAAGCAAUUUCCGUGGAGCUGCAAGAGAGUUAAAGGAAGCCUUCCAGAACCUUCCCACUGAGCUACAAGACAAAUUGGAAAAGCAGCAGAUCAAAUUUAAGUUUAAUCCACCACAAGCUCCUCAUUUUGGGGGAUCAUGGGAAAGAGAGGUCCGUUCUGUUAAAACAGCAUUGCGGGUGGUACUCGGCAGUCAAACCGUAUCAGAGGAAGUCCUACGGACCGUUUUGACAGAAGUUGAAGGAGUGUUAAAUUCAAAGCCACUUGGUUACGCCUCUUCAAACAUUUCAGACCUCGACCCCAUUACUCCAAAUCUCCUCCUCAUGGGGCGGCGAGAUUCGUCUUUACCUCAGGUGAUUUAUGCCAAUACUAAGCUCCUUGGCCGCAGAUCUUGGCGCCACAGCCAGGCCCUCGUUGACCAGUUUUGGACAUCUUUUAUCCGACAUUACUUACCAGGUCAGCAGCUCCGUCAAAAAUGGAAUCGAGAAAAACCUAAUCUAAAUGACUCUGCUGUCGUGUUAGUAAUUGAUUUUCAACUCCCAAGAGCAUCAUGGCCCAUUGGCAGGGUAGUACGCCUCUUACCUAGUCAGGAUGGACGUGUCAGAGUAGCUGAGAUUGAUAUUAAUGGAAAGACGUAUGUACGUCCAGUUGCUAAGUUGAUUCCAUUACCUGAAAUAGAUGAGUAAUAGCAAAUACAUGACUGUAUUUGGGGGCGGCUGUUGUGAAUUUGAUCCUUUAAUUAUACUUUUUAUUUAUUUUUUUUCUUUCUCCUUACAUAUUUGCACUUCAUAUCCCACAAUCCUUUUGUCAGUUUCACUACAUUACCCAUACACCCCCUGGGCAAGGUCUAUAAGUAGACCUCACUUCCUCCCUUUUUUCCUUUUGUAUUGGUGAGGUGUGGUGGUUGGAAUGGACACCCAACCAUGUCCUUUCCUUAGGAUGCGUUGAUGACUAAAGACCAUCUUGUACGUCCUGUUUAUCCUGUCCCUCCAUUAACAUCUGUUCAUUGGCAUCAUGUGUGUCAGCUCCAUGUGAAUUAAGACUUUAUCAUCCUGAACUGAAAAUAAAAGAGAGCAAAGGACUG